AUGCCGCUUGUCAUGCAGCAAACCCUCGGCUACAUCAAAGGGAUCUUUUGCGGGCAAACAGCAAAUCUGAUCUGUGGAUAUGGCUACUGGGGCAACUACACUGGAUAUGGCCGUUAUGGCUCCAGAUAUGGCUGUGGUUACCGGCCCGCCGGGGUCUGUGUGCCCGGCCCGCCAUGCAUCACCCCUGUGACUUGCAACAAGACGCUCCUGCAGCCUCUCGACCUGGGGAUCGAUGCCACGGCCCAGGCGGUAAAAUGCCAAGAGAAGAAUGAACUGCAGUGCCUCAACAGCAAGUUCGCCUGCUUCAUCGACAAGGUCCGAUUCUUGGAGCAGCAGAAUCUGAUGCUGAAGACCAAGUGGGACUUCUUGCAAGAGAGGAAGUGUUGCAAAAGUAACAUGGAGCCGAUGUUUAAUAACUAUAUCUCCAUCCUGAAGAAACAGCUUGACCACCUGGAAUGUGAGAGAACACAGCUGCAGGCAGAAAUGAAAAACUGGAGAGAUACUCUGGAGUGCAACAAGAAAAAGUUUGAAGAGGAGUGUCACCGCCGAACAUGUUCUGAAAAUGAGUAUGUGACACUUAAAAAGGAUGUGGACUGUGUUUUCAUGGACAAGUCAGAAAAGGAAGGAAAAGUGGACUCCUUGAUGAAAGACCUCUGCUUUUAUAGAGCAACUUUUGGGGAGGAAAUCCAUGAGCUGCAGUCCUGCAUUUCGGACACCUGCGUCACAGUGCAGAUGGACAACAGCCGCGGCCUGAAUAUGGACUGUGCCAUUGAGGAGUUCCGGCGUCGGUAUGAGGAGAUUGCUUCCCGGAGCCGGGCUGAGGCUGAAGCAUGGUGCCAGUGCCAGUAUCAGGAACUGAAAACAACCGCUGCCAAACACUGUGACAAUCUGCGCAAUGUCAAGGAAGAACUGAGUGAGUUGACAAGGCUGGCUCACAGGCUGGAGAUGGAAGUUUCAAAUGUCAAAGCUCAGCGAGCCAAACUGGACGAGGAGGUGGCUGCGGCUGAGGAGCGUGGGGAGAUCACUGUGAAGGAUGCCAAAUGCAAACUGGCGGAGCUGGAGGAUGCCCUGCAUAAGGCCAAGCAGGACAUGGCCUGCCAGCUGCGAGAGUACCAGGAGCUCAUGAACGUCAAGCUGGCCCUGGACAUUGAGAUCAUCACCUACACGAAGCUGCUGGACGGGGAGGAAUACAGGUUGGGUGAAGGAGAACGUGCGGUGAACAUCUCUGUGCAAAGGAGCCAGGGUGCCGUGGUAUGUGAUGCUGACCCGCGACCGGUGUGUGGCCCCCAGGGCGUGUGUGGGCCCAGUGGAAGGAUCGUGGCGAGCUGUGGCCCUCGAGUGACACCCUACGGCCCAGGCAGAGAUGUGUGUGUCGACACCGUGCCUCCUUGCCCUGCCCCCUACGCUGACCCUUGCCCCCCUUGUGGAGACACACGCCUCCCUUUCCCCUGUGGGAGCGGCAGGGGCUCCAAUAUCAAAUUUGUCAUACCCCCUGGCCAGUGUGGGCGAAAAUGCUAG